AUGGGUCAACGCAGGGAUAUCUUAGCAGUCCAUGUGAACUCGCUGAAUAUUGCACAAGAUGUCAGCUUGGAUAUGUUAGCUGAGAUUACCCAUGGUUAUGUAGGAGCUGAUUUUGCUGCACUUUGUAGAGAGGCUUCCUUCAUGGCGAUAGAAAAACUCAAUCCACAGUUUGCAAAGGUGGGGUCGGCAGUAGUGGUUACGAUGUCUGAUUUCAAAUCAGCAAUGAAUCGAAUAACUCCAUCCGUUCAAAGAGGAUCCGAUGUGUUCGUUGAUUUUAACCCAAUAUCAUGGCAAAAUAUUGGGGGAUUAGAGGAAGUAAAAGCACAGCUAAAACAGGCAGUUGAGUGGCCAAUGAAGCACCCUAAAUCAUUUAUACGACUUGGUAUCCAUCAUCCAAAAGGAGUUCUCUUGUACGGUCCUCCAGGCUGCUGCAAGACAACGUUAGUAAGAGCUGCAGCAACUGCAUGCAAUGCUGCAUUUCUGUCAAUCAAUGCAGCACAGCUCUACUCCCCCUUUGUGGGUGACUCAGAGAAAACUAUAGCACAGGUUUUUCAUCAAGCUCGUCUUUGCGCUCCCGCAAUUUUAUUCUUGGAUGAAUUAGAUACAAUCGUUGGCAAGCGAUCAAUGGAAUCUGGUCAUGGAAAUAGCGUUCAUGAACGUGUCCUUUCUGCUCUGUUGAAUGAAAUGGACGGAAUUGGAACAACACUUCAAGAAAGAAGAGAUCCAGAAAAAAGGAUGAUGGAAGGAGAGUUACAUGAUAAUGUUGGAAUUAGUCAUAUGGAACAUUAUGAGAUAACUGACAAUAAUGUGUUGGUGGUAGGUGCAACUAACAGACCUGAUUUACUGGACAGUGCUUUACUUAGACCAGGUCGAAUGGAUCGCAUAAUUUAUGUACCUCCCCCCGAUAGUCAGACUAGACAUCAAAUUCUUCGGGUUCAUACACGUCAUUCCCCAUUAGCAACUGAUGUCAAUCUACAAGAAAUUUCUGCGAAAACAGAAUUGUACUCUGGGGCAGACUUGGAGAAUCUAUGUAGAGAG